CCUUUGGAACGUUUCAUGUACUAUCACUGUUCGUAACGAUCACAGCAUUGGCAAUUAUAGAUCGAAGUUUAUUAAACCCGAAGUCUGUUUUUGUUGCAAGUCCGUUAAUAUACGCGAAUGCUAUGGCCUUAAGUUACCUACUACCACAAGGUAUGAUAUUCUUAAGCGAAAUGUCGGUUUCAUUGGACCGUAUUGCGGCGUUUCUGCUUUGUGAUGAAGUUGAUGUGGUAGCAACCUCGACGAAAGAAAAUGUUGCACUUAAAAUCGAACAUGGUGCAUCAAAGUGGGAUCAAAAUGCCAAAGAUAACUUGCUCACAGACUUGAACGUCGAAAUAUGGCCCGAAAAGCUGACUGCUAUAGUUGGUCCUACUGGAAGUGGGAAAACUAGUUUGUUAAAUAUGAUCCUGGGAGAAAUGCCAAUAUCCAGUGGACUCUUGUCGGUCAACGGAAGUAUCAGUUAUGCAUCACAAGAGCCUUGGAUAUUUCCAUCGACGGUACGUCAGAACAUACUAUUUGGUAGCGAAUGGAACGAAACUCGCUACAGUGCCGUGAUUAAGUGCUGUGCUCUCGAACGUGACCUAAAGCUUCUCCCUUAUGGUGACAAAACAACGGUUGGGGAAAAAGGGACAUCUCUAAGUGGUGGGCAGAAGGCCAGAGUUAGUCUUGCCCGAGCCAUUUAUAGGGACGCAAAUAUCUACUUAUUAGACGACCCGCUUUCGGCGGUAGAUGCGCACGUCGGUAAACAAAUCUUUGAGCAAUGCUUUGAAGUUUUUCUCAAAGGAAAAACGGUAGUAUUGGUUACACACCAACUGCAGUAUUUACAACGCGUUGACUACAUAUUGGUAUUGCAUAACGGAUCAUUAGCCGCCAAAGGGACUAAGAAUGAGUUAGAGAGCUCGGGUUUCACUUUCAUUAAAUACUUAGGACAAAAUAAUGAAGAAGAAGAAUUAGAGGUAACCGAUAACUCUAUUGGUACAGAUCCCAAACCUUUAGAGGAAAAGUCCCAAUUUGAAGAACAAACAAAGGACUCUUCCUUCAUUUCAUGUGACACAUAUAAACGUUACUUUUUAGCAUCUAAAGAUUACGUAACACUCGUGUUCGCCAUUUUAUUUUCUUCUCUCACACAAAUAGCUGCAAGUGCUACCAACUACAUUUUAGCGCAAUGGGUAGAUGUGGGACAAUUUGAAGAUACUGAUCACCAACGAUACAGUUACAUAUUCGGCAGUAUCGCAAUCGCUUCUGUUAUUUUCACAAUUUUAAGAUCCAUUUAUUCUAUGAAGCUAGCCAAGAGAUCUUCCAAAGCAUUACACGAAACAAUGUUUAAAAACGUCAUUCGGGCUACUGUAAGCUUCUUCUAUGCAAACUCGUCCGGAAUAAUUUUAAACCGCUUUGCAAAAGAUUUGGCAAUCGUUGAUGAACUGCUGCCUAUGGCAGUGAUGGUCGUUUUGCGAACGAUCUUAAGUAUUUUAGGAGUCUUUGUAGUGAUUUGUUUUGUUAACGCUUGGUUUCUUAUUCCAACUCUUUUAGUUGUAGCCACCCUUUACUAUUUAAGGCGAUUUUAUUUAACUACAGCUUUAAAUCUGUUGAGAGUGGAAGGGCAAUUGCGAGGACCAGUUUAUAGUCACGUAAAUGCUUCUUUGCAAGGUCUACCCAUCAUAAGAGCAUUUGGGGUUAAAAAUGUAUUGACAAACGAAUUUUACUACCAUCAAGAUAUACACACUAGCUCGUUAUAUAUGGCGUUAGCAACUUCUAGAGCAUUUGGAUAUUGGGCAGAUCUAGUAGUUGUCAUUUAUAUUGUGGUGCUCACACUCCACUAUACGUUUAAUUCAGAUGCACAUGGUGCUAACAUUGGAUUAGUUAUAUCUCAAGCAAUGCAAAUGAUGGGCCAAUUAGCUUGGGGAGUGCGACAAUUCGCGGAAAUGGAAAAUUUUAUGGUAUCAGUCGAGCGAUUAUCUCAAUAUGACACAAUUAAAACAGAACGAUCCGGCGACCAUGCGGAAAUAGACUGGCCUACUCGCGGGGAAAUUAAAUUUGUCGGCGUCAGCUUGAAAUACUCUGAAACAGCACCUUACGCUUUGAAAGAUUUGAAUUUCAUUAUCCGUCCGUUGGAAAAAGUUGGUAUCGUUGGUAGAACGGGUGCUGGAAAAUCUUCGAUAAUGUCCGCCAUAUUUCAAUUUGUCGAAAUAGAGGGUUCAAUUGUAAUCGACGACAUUAAUCUUGUAAACGUUAGUUUGGGCUAUUUAAGAAAGAAAAUAUCGGUCAUUCCCCAAGAUCCAGUACUAUUUUCUGGAAGCCUCAGGUAUAACUUAGAUCCUUUUAGCGAAUAUCAGGAUGAAACGCUGUGGCGUGCACUAGAAGAGGUCAGACUUAAAGAGGUUGUCGAUAAUUUCAGUUCAGGUCUAAAUCUGGAAAUAUCACAGGAUGGGUCCAAUUUCAGUGUAGGCCAACGCCAGCUUAUAUGUUUAGCGCGCGCUAUUCUCCGAAAAAACCGGAUAUUGCUUCUGGAUGAGGCAACAGCGAAUGUUGAUCUUGAAACUGACAUAAUUAUCCAGGAAACUAUUAGAGAUAAAUUUUCGAAAUGCACUGUUCUAACUAUAGCACAUAGGUUAAACACCAUCAUGGAUUCCGACAAAGUACUGGUGGUGGAUGCAGGGGUCGCAGUUGAAUUUGACCAUCCCUAUGUACUACUUCAAAACAAAGUGGGGGUGUUUUAUAAUCUAGUGCAACAAACCGAAAAAGUGAUGGCGAACACUCUUCUAUCAAUUGCGAAAGAGAGCUACGAAAAGAAUACAUCACCAACAGCAAUAAAUCAAUAUAAUUGAUAAACCUCUGUCUGUUAUAGCAUGUAAAAUCUGAGAGAUGUUCUAAAUGUUUAGUAAAUUUAGAUUGAUUUCUAGUUCAAUAAUCAAUGGGUUAGUAUAAUGGUUCAUAUCCGUAUAAAAGAAGAAAUCCGAAGCAAUCCCUUGAGAUCCUCCGAAAUUCCGACUUUUGCCCGAGAGGGAUAGAAAUACUUGUUAUACCUAAUGGUAUAAAUCGUUACAUGAUCAUUCAUCUCAUAGUCGAAGGGCUUUACUAAAUGUUGAGCUCUCGGUGUUCACAAGUUACAAGAAAUCGCCUUUAAAUGAAAUAUCGCUUGGGCAUAAAACUCUCUUGAAUAUUUUUUAAUUAAAUCAAUCCACUACUACGCUAAUUCAAAUAUAUAACGAAGCUAUCGACAACAAAUAGUAACACGACGGAACGCGACAAUACUACAACGCGAUAGAGGUUCGAGAAGUUCGCAACAGUUUGGAAGCAGGAUUGUUUCCUGCAUGUGCUGCUAUAAUCCUGCUUCUUAGUGCAAGUCAGCAACAUUAACAUUUCCCAAUACUUACUGUUAGAUGCUUAAGUAACAAUAUAAACUAUUAGAUGUC